AUGGCCGAUACAACAGAGCACACUCAGCCUCCGGGCGAGCAGCCCCAGCCAGCUGCAGAGGCCACUACUGAUCCGGGAGACAAUGUUUCUACGGAGCCGUUGCACACGCAUACAGACGAACAGUCACAUCCGCCCAUUGAUGUUUCGCUGCCCCCGAUUGACAAAACCUUACCAGAUCACGACACAUCCCUCACAGCCAUAGAUACAUCACUACCGUCAAUGGAUUCAACGAUACCAGCGUUACCUCCAAUUGAUACGUCAUUACCGCCGUUGGAUACCACGAUGCCCGCUAUGGAUGAUCUACAUGGCACUGAGCACUUCUCGUUUGACAGAUUCGACGAAGAAACUUCGGGCCACGACUUUGAAAAUGGGACAACGGAACAUAUCCAUCAGACCACAGAACACCAUGGAGAUUCAUCCACACCCGUUCCUCAAAACCCAGCUUCGUCAAACGGCGUACAUCCACCUGGCCAACACCAAUAUUAUGAGCAACAGCCCCCGCAACAUCAUUACUCGCCCCAGCAAAAUACGCCGCAGCACCAUCAGCAAUCACCGGCACAAAUGCACCAGCAAUCGCAUCAGCAGUCACAACCCCCUCCUGACAUGUACCACAGCCACAAUAGCGCUUCCCCUCCUCUGACGAACCCUUCCAUGCAGGGACAGCCGUCGCACAUUCCGCAGGCGCCCAUUGGAUCGCCGAUGCCUCCGAUGGCAUCGGUUAGCCAGUAUAUGGCAGGGUAUCCAUCGCAGAUGGGGAUGAAUUCAGGGGGGCAAAUGCAUUAUCAGCUCCAGGGAGAUGCGAACAAGAUGCUAUCGGCUAGCAGGCACAAGAAAGAAGUGAAGCGUCGGACGAAAACUGGAUGCUUAACAUGUCGCAAGCGACGAAUUAAGGUACAAUUGCGCGAGGGGGUGGGAGGUUGCUGUGACGAAGGCCACCCCGUUUGCCGCAACUGCGUCAAGAGCAAGCGUGAAUGCUUAGGCUACGACCCCGUCUUCAAACAGCCCACUCCCUCUGCGAUACAGCCAGCUCCUAAUCCCCAGCCGUCGCUCAAUGUUGCUGAUGGAGGUUUGCAACCAACUGUCAACCCCGCGACAACCACAACUGGGAACUCCGAGCCGACAAGCUUCAGGUUGAAACAAGUCCAGAUUAGCGAUCUUCUGGCUUUGCGAGGCAUCCCACCCCCACCUCCUCAUCCCAUCACCGCUCUUCCACCCAACCGCCUUGAGGAAAUCCAGGCCGUGUUCCUUGCGACAUACGCUCCUGCAAUUGAUCGAUUUUUCGAGACUCGCUGGUUCUCGGAGAAGGCACUGAGUCACCUAUUGGCGAACGCUCAAUUGAUGGCAGAAUAUUCCGCGUUGAUCGAAGCAUUCAACGACCGAAACCUGAGCGAUCCUAACGUUCUCGCGCGGUUGGAGAGUUUUGAAGCGUCGGUUGUUUGGAGUACCAUGACCUUAUGCCGCCAUGUGAUGAAUGUAUCGAAUGGGAGUCAGCAGGAUUAUGAUCUCCUAGCUACUUCCAAACGGCUCGAUGUGAUUGAAGCGAUGAUCACUGGCGACCACUUCGACUCAAAUCCUCUUGCUCAAUUCCCGACCCGGGAACCUGCCGCCAAUCCGCCGUCAUUACCAGACCAAUUGACCCAACGUCAGUUAGACUUCUGGAGUGCGAUUGGCUACUUUCUCACCCUCCACGACAAUGAAGCUAGCGCUGCGAAGGAGAUCGAUGAUACGCUGGGUCGUUGCCGUACGCUUCUAGAUACGUACGAGAACCGAGAUGUCAUAUACUCAAUUGCAAUUGCUCGCCACCUUGGCCAACGAUGGGCCGAUUUCCCACACAGCUUCCCUCAGCCGAUUACCACGAACGAGAAAGAUGCCGGAGCCAAGCUUUAUGUUGCGCAGAAAUUCCUUGAACAGGAAGCCGGCGGAAAAGGCACCACACAGGUCAUUAAACGUCUAUGUGGCAUGGUCGUCCGAUCCUGGUUUGUUUCGCGAGAAUAA